AUGCCCACCGAGAACUCUAAACUUUCUGAAGAUUCUCAAAAGAAUGGCUUGGAUGUAGAAAAGCUUCAAGAGGAUGCAGAACUUGACUCAAAUGCUCAAGUGGAAGAUGAGACAAAUGAAAACAAUUUCAAAACACAUUAUUUUAUCAAACCGAAACUGAAUAAACGACCGUUGGAAACAUCACCAGCAAUUGAUUCGUUUCCUCAAUAUAAUCCGGCUUUAUCACAAAAGAAACGCAAGCUGGAUGGAGUACCUUUUUUUCCUUUGUUUGAUGGAAAGGAACCUUAUGAAAAUGUGAGAUUUAGAUACCAACUUUACGAGACCAUUUGGGAACACCAGCUCCAAAAGAUCCAAUUAAUUCUUAACAAUGCAAAUGAUAAUCUUGUUCAAGAUGUUACAAGGUUUAUAAAAGACCUGUUUUCUAAUGACAGAUUGCCCAUUGGGUAUAUCCAAAUGACUUCCAACACUGCAAACAAUUUGCGAAUCUUGGAGCAGUUGCAAGAUGCUAUACAAUAUGAGGACACAAUAGAUGAGGGAACAGACGAUCUUUCAGAAGAAGAAAACGGAACCACAUUGAUUGUACUCAAUACCAAGAAUAGUCCGCAUAUAAAAGGUGCAUUGAAAGAAAUAAAUGCGCAAUUUGAAGAUAUACAUGGGGGCUUGGACUAUAGCGAACGGCUCUCAUAUGAUUUGCAAGUAAUUGCCGAUUGGUAUGAAAUCAACAGAAAUACUACCAAUAAUGAUAAAGGAGAAGAAGAGGAAGAAAAUGUGGAUGGUCAAGAUGAGCAAGAUAGACUAGUGGUUAUGAUUGAGGAUACCAAUUUGUUCAAUACUCAACUUUUGAGCCAAGUAAUCAGGAUGCUCCAGGCGUUGCAUCGUAAAGUCCAUGUAAGACUCCUCUUGGCACUUUCCUGUGACACUGUUAGUUCGUGGGUAAGCAAUAAUUUUCCAAACGAUCUCCGUGCCGGACUCAACGGAUACAAAUUCAAGAGUAAUGAUAAUGUGAGUUUGGGAUACACUAUUUUGAACAAUUUGUUUCUCACACCCGAUUUGAACGAGUAUAAUCCAUUCUUGAUCAACAGCAAUUUGAGCACCAUUAUAUUGAACCGUUUUCAACAUUCAAACAACUCAAUUGAUGCAUUAAUAGCUGAGUUGAAGUUGUGUUAUAUGAUCCACUUCUAUCGACUGCCACUAUCGAUAUUGAUUGCUCAAGUCCCAAAAGAAUCAAUGGAAUUGUAUAUAGACGGACUCAGGAAAUUGCCAUCUUAUAAGCAAUACAUUGAACAGAAUAUCCUGAAUUUGGACUCACUAAAAUUUGAUGCUGUGAGGAAAGAUGAGACUGUGUUGAGACUAUUCAACGAGUCAAAAGGACAAUUCAAAACACAUAAAUUGGUAAUGAUGAAUGUCAUCAACGUUAUUUAUAAUUUAGAUACAAAGAAGAGAAAAGAGAAAUUCGAAAUAUACAAGAGCUUGGUCAAGGGUGAAUUGUUGACCUCGAAAUAUUUCCAUGAUUGUCUCAACUCUGCAAAUACUGGCUUGAGCUUACUUUCAAACAUAACAAGUAAUUGUAUUGAGGAAUUAGAUGGAGUCAAGGAUCUGCAUUUGGUUGAGUUGAACAAGUCGCUUGCAGAACUUGCUGCUAAUGGCUCUCCUGAGCUUAUUAGCACUCUUCAAACAUAUUUCAAGAAUCAGUUAUUGACAAAGUCUUUUGAGAAAAUUUUAUUCAACGAAAUCUUUACCUUGGAUGGAGGAGUUGUACAUGAAAAGUUUGAAAGAGCACCACUACUCGAAGAGAAUUUUGAGAACUUGAUGAUCAAUUGUUUACGACCAAACUUGCGACAGACUAUUGAAUCUGCAUUGGAUAACCCUGAAAUCUAUUUAAAAUCGGUUCUGAAUAAUUCGAUUGAUCCUUUACUUCGUCAAAUGUUCAAGGUCUAUAAAGAAGCGCCGGCAUCCAUCAACCUCCAUGAUUUUUAUCAAGCAUUUUGUGCGUCCUUGACGAGACCAAGCAGUAUAAAGGACGACAAAGAAUGGGCAAAAGUGGCGUAUUCCUGGUUCUUGCAAUGCUGUUUUGAGCUAAUGCAUUUGGGUAUUGUGCAAACGAAAAAGACUGGCGAGUAUCUAGAAAAAGCAAUCUGGAAAGGUGUGUAG